AUGAAGUUGGGUGUCGCAGCAUGCAUUGCGCCUUUGAUCUUUGCCAGCGCUGUCGGCAGCGUCGGGACAGGCGCGCAAACCGAAAGCCGGGCCACAUCAGUCCAUGGCAAUAAGCGACUUUUUCCCUGGUUGACAAAGCUCCGCGAUGGCACAGUCGAGGCGAUCUUCGGGCGCCAUCCUCAUAAGCCUGUCCUCGUCCCCGGUCCGAUACGGGCGCAGUACGCAGACCAGCUGGUUUUGCGUCUGAACUUGAGCAGUGCUGCAGAUGAGGAAGCAUUGGGCAAGGCAGUGGACCGUCUCUUCCUUGACGUCUGGUCCUACACCCAAGACUAUGUUGAUAUUCGCCUGGGAAGGAACGAGGUUAAACCACUUCUUGGGUUGCUGCCAGAGACUCUGCACUCGUCGUACUCGGUACUGAUCCCCGACUUGGCUGCGGCUGUGUAUCGAUCGCAGUCAUCCAGCGAGCCUGAGACGACAAUCAUGCCCGAGACUAUGUACGCAGACCUUGAAUUAUCCGAAACGCCUGCGGACCGUGCCGGAGACAUCCUCUUCUUCCAGGACUACCAACCUUUGCCAGUGAUCAUACGAUGGAUGCAAUUGCUUGAAGCCAUGUUCCCGUCGUAUGUGCGAUACAUCACGAUUGGUAAAUCCUUUGAAGACCGCGACAUUCCUGCUUUGCGCGUCGGCCUGCCGGUAUCAUCAGGAACGGCGACAGCGCGCAAGACCAUCGUCGUGACCGGUGGCCUGCAUGGACGCGAGUGGAUCUCGACGACUUCAGUCAACUACUUGGCUUGGGCUUUCAUCACUUCCUUUGGAAAAGAGCGCUUGAUCACAAAAUUACUGGAGCAUUUUGACAUUGUUUUCGUCCCUGCCGUCAAUCCUGAUGGCGUCGAAUAUACUUGGAACGUCGACCGGCUAUGGCGCAAGACCAGACAACAGACAAAUCUCCGCUACUGCCGUGGCUAUGAUCUUGAUCAUGCAUUCGGGUUCGAAUGGGACAGGACAGGGACUCAGAACGACCCGUGCUCGGAGAGCUACGGUGGUGAGCACUCGUUCCAGGCUGUGGAAGCCAUGAGAUUAGCCGAAUGGGCGAAAAACGAGACCGCCCUCAACAAUGUCAAAUUUGUCGGGCUGCUGGACCUCCAUUCAUACUCACAGCAAGUUUUGUUCCCAUAUUCGUACACGUGCGACGUCGACCCCCCGAACUUGGAGAAUUUGGAGGAGCUGGCAGCCGGCAUUGCGAAAGCCAUUCGUCUUUCCAACGGCGAAUCAUAUUCCGUCACCUCGGCUUGCAAAGGUGCCGUAACCAUGAGCGAUGGUGGCAGCGGCAGCCAUAAAAGAGUCGAGCCGAGGGGCGGCUCAGCUAUUGACUGGUUCUACCACGAGUUGCGCGCCCACUUCAGCUACCAGAUCAAACUCCGGGACACAGGCGCAUACGGCUUCCUUUUGCCGAAGGAGCAUAUCAUCCCAACAGGCGAAGAGAUUUUCGAUGCGAUGAAGUACUUCGGCGACUAUCUUUUGGGCAAUAAUGGUAUUGAGCACCUUUCUGACCCAGGGAGUGUGGUACAGCACGCGGCAGAGUCAGAGACCAAGACCGACCCAGGCCUAGAGAUGGACGGAAUGGAAUUGAGGCGCCGCAAGUCACGUCGUUGA